ACGCUGUCGUCAACCCGGGGGAGGUGUGCAGUGUAAACAUGACUCUGUUCGCGAGGUAGAGGGAAAUACAAUAAAUAAAUACAUAAAUAAAUAAAUAAAGGAUGCGAUAAUGUGUCGAGUCGGCGGGACAUGCUUGACGUCACUGCAGGUCAGACAGAGUUAUUAGUUAAUACGGAACAUGGCUGCGCCCACACAGCCGGGAGGAUCUUCAGCCUCCAGCCCGCCCGGGUUUGAAGGUUUCCCCUUUGCCCUGGCCGGGAGACCACCUGAGGAAAGUUCGGGUAAAGAGCAAGAGCAAACCGGGGGCGUGAAAAAGAAGCCAUGCAGGGCUUGUACGGACUUUACGUCGUGGAUGAAAGUUCAGAAGAAACAGACGACGGCUGCUGUACAGGAGACCAAAGCUGCAGAGACAGAGCCACAACAAGAUCCCGAGUGUCCUCUGGACCGGGGCGAGUUGGGACGUAACACCUGGUCCUUCCUGCACACUAUGGCAGCGUAUUACCCCGACCGUCCGUCGGCUUCACAGCAGCAAGACAUGGGGCAAUUUAUCAACCUUUUCUCCAAGUUCUUCCCCUGUGAUGAAUGUGCAGAAGAUCUCAGGGGCAGGUUAAAAACCAACCAGCCGGACACCAGGAGUCGCCAUGCUCUCUCUCAGUGGUUCUGCCGAAUCCACAAUGACAUCAACGUUCGAUUAGGAAAGCCAGAGUUCGACUGCUCCCGAGUGGACGAGAGGUGGAGGGAUGGAUGGAAAGAUGGCUCCUGUGACUGAGAGAUGUGAGGACUGAGCGGGGAAAAUGAAACCCUUUGGACCACAAAGUGGAGCUCACAUCUGUUAGGAUGAAAGUCUGUGUCAGAGACAGUGUAUGUGCUUUAUUUUUAAUAUUGUGUGUGUGUGUGUGUGGGUACUGAUCUGGUAAUAAAAUUAAAGAUACAAAACAACCAAGGACAAUCUCUUUUGCUGAAGUUAGAACCUUCACCAAGUGACAAAACAAUUUUACAUUAAAUUUAGUGAAACCAAAAAAACGUUUAUUUUUUUGUGUCGAUGAUUUAAACAGCCACCAUGAUUGUUCUGGAUUAUAUAAAUAACUGCAUUAAAAUGUGUUUCCUGAUCUGUUCCAUAGUAUAUAGUUUUUCAAGAUUAGUUUGAACCAGAGUAACCUCUUAAAGUCUAAUUAUCCCAUUCUUAAAGUGUAAGAAAUAUUUAUACUAUGAUAGUUCAGAGAUGAAUUAGAACUAACACUUAUAAAAUACUUAAAUUAAAUCAUAAGUCAUUUGACAUACUUAUUUUUUAACAUACUGUAUAUUAUUGGGUUUGGUAUUUAUGUGGAGUAUUUUAAUUUGUAUAGUGCGAAGCUGAAUAAAAGUUAUUUUUCAAUUACA